AUGAAGGGCACAAAUGAAAAUAUGAAAAUGAAAGCUAGGACGUUCCCUCCAAGCGACGCGCAGGAUGUAGACCUUUAUCCUGCGAAAAGAAAAAUAAAGGUCAAAGCAAAGAAGACAAGGUUAGCAAGUUUGAAUAUUGGUACACUUAAAGACUGCAAAGUCAUCCCAGGAGAAGAUAUUGCCGCGCAACACAAGCUACUAGUCAUGGAUUUACACAUCACAAAUAAAUCCAUUCAAAACAAGACAAAACUUGAACAAUGCAUCAAAUGGGGUAGAUUAAAAACAGAUGCCUUUGCAAUCAAUGCAAACAUUAAAACAAUAGAUUCCUCACAAGUCAGUGAAAAAAUGUGGACAGACCUUUUAUCCAAACUAAUAGACACUGCCAAAUCGACAUUAGGCUUGACAAAGGGAGGCAACAAAUCAUGCAAAGAACUAUAA